AGUGAAUAGCCCAUGCAAAGCAGUAGCCAUGGAAAAUCUCAUAAAUACACAGCCGCUAAAAGCGGAGCUUCGUUCGCACAUUUCAAUGGUGAGGAUUAGAGUCGAAUUGUCUUCUUUGAACGAAGGAAAGUUAUACCUCUUUCAAUGUCUUUCUUUGAUUCCCCUAUUACAAUUUUUUAGAAUUUACUGCCAUUUUCAAAGAGAAAUUCGAGCGAGAAAGGUAUAUCGGGAGAAAACAAUUCAAAAACCUGGGAUUUUGUUUGGUUUUUGGGAGUGAGGAUCGGAGAUCAAAAAGCGAAUUGGAUUUCAAUUGCGUAUGCCCCUGGAGGGUUUGGGGGAUGCAGAGAAACAUAUGAAAAGGAGAAGGAGGAGGAGAGAUGUGGGGCUCGUCGCCAAUAACGAACCUUCAGCCUGGGAGAGAUAAGAAGUUGAUAGCCGUUGCCAUUGACAAAGACAGAGGAAGCCAAAUGGCUCUGAAAUGGUCAAUUGAGAAUCUCGUUGCUAAAGGAAAUGCCUUACUUUUACUCCAUGUUAAACUCACCCAAAGACCAAACCAGAAUUAUGAUAUUUGUGAUGAGAAUGGAUUUCCAGUUAGAGAAAUGGAUCCCCAGUCGAGAGAAGUCUUUCUUCCUUUCCGUGUCUAUUGUACACGCAAAGAUGUACAAUGUCAUGAAAUCUUGUUAGAGGAAGUAGACCCUAUUAAAGGAAUUAUUGAUUAUGUAAAUCGAGUAGGGAUAGAGAUACUAAUUCUUGGUGCUGCUGCAAAAGGUGGUCUUCUCAGAUUUAAGGUAAAAGAUAUUCCUGGAAGUGUGUUAAAAGGGGUACCUGAUUUCUGUACUGUAUAUGUUAUUUCAAAAACUGGGAAGAUAUCAUCUACGCGAUCUGCUUCUCGUCAAGUGUCAUUCACUCAUCCGCUACGCCACCACCUGGUGCGACAACAUAGUGCAAACUCAACUUCAAGUGAGAGGCUGUUUCCAUCUGCAGUCAAUUCAAAGACUGCUGAACUUUCUGGGAAUUCGAGGUUGUUGUCUGAACCAUCUCCUGGCGGUUUACAAAAUGACAUAAAGUCUCCAUUCACUCACAGGAGAGGACCAAAUGGCAUACCAUAUGAAAUCUCGAAACCAGAUACUGACAUAUCUUUUGUCAGUUCUGGUAGGUCGAGUGUUGACAGCAUUUUCCCUUCAUACACUGACAGCUUUGAAGAUGGACCGAACCCUAAUCGGCUCUCAGGCUUCUCAGACUUUGACACCAGUAGUUUUGAUUCCAUGAACUUUGGUCGGAGAUCAUUGGACAACUUGACAUCUUCUGAGUACUCAUUUGCUUCGGAGAGUGAUAGAAUGUCUGUAUCAGGAAUGGAUGAUGUGGAAGCGGAAAUGAGAAGGCUAAAGCAGGAGCUUAAGCAAACAAUGGAAAUGUACAGUACAGCCUGUAAGGAAGCACUCACUGCAAGACAGAAGGCAAUGGAGCUGCAACGCUGGAAAUUGGAAGAACAGAAAAGGUUGGAUGACGCACUUUUAGCUGAGGAAGCAGCAUUGGCAAUCGCGGAAAGAGAGAAGGCCAGAUCUAAGGUUGCACUUGAACAUGCAGAAGCAGCUCAGAAGAUGGCUGAAUCUGAAGCUCAGAAGAGAAUCAGUGCAGAAAUUAAAGCUAUGAAGGAAGCAGAGGAGAAGAAUAAGAUGAUUAGCCAAUUUUCGCAAACAGAUUUCAGGUACAGGAGAUACACAAUCGAGGAGAUUGAAGCUGCAACAGAAUAUUUUUCAAAAUCUCUCAAAAUUGGAGAAGGUGGCUACGGGCCGGUAUACAAAUGUUUUAUGGACCACACGGCUGUUGCAGUUAAGGUCCUUCGUCCUGAUGCAGCUCACGGAAGACAACAGUUUCAGCAAGAGGUUGAAGUGUUAAGCUGCAUAAGGCAUCCUCAUAUGGUGCUUCUUCUAGGAGCAUGUCCCGAGUAUGGUUGCUUAGUAUAUGAGCAUAUGUCGAAUGGAAGCUUAGAAGACUGCCUAUUUGAGACUGGUAAAACUCCACCACUUUCUUGGCAACAAAGGUUUCGAAUUGCUGCUGAAAUUUGCUCCGGCCUUCUUUUUCUACACCAGACCAAACCGGAACCAAUAGUGCACCGUGAUCUAAAGCCAGGCAAUAUCCUGCUAGAUCGCAAUUUUGUGAGUAAGAUAAGUGACGUUGGGUUGGCUAGGCUAGUGCCUCCAUCAGUGGCGGACACCGUCACUCAGUAUCGAAUGACAUCAACUGCUGGAACGUUCUGCUACAUUGAUCCCGAAUAUCAGCAAACGGGAAUGCUUGGGGUAAAAUCCGAUGUGUAUUCCCUAGGGAUCAUAUAUUUGCAGAUUCUAACAGCUAAAUCACCAAUGGGUUUGACUCACAUUGUUGAAAGGGCGAUCGAGGCAGGCACCUUCGCUGAGAUACUUGAUCCUGCUGUGCGUGACUGGCCCGUUGAAGAUGCCCUGAGCCUCGCCAAGUUAUCGUUACAAUGUUCUGAGCUGAGAAGGAAAGACAGACCGGAUCUGGGCAGCGCAGUCAUGCCAGAACUAGAUAGAUUGAGAACACUCGCAGAAGAAAACACGCAACCUUUCUUUUAUUAUCCCGGCUACUCACCAAACCAUAGCCAAGUUUCCGUGUCUCAAGAAAAUCUGAGUUUCCCUACUCUAACAGGCCAUUCUGGUUAUGAAAGCAGCAGGAGUUCACCAGGCUUGUAGUUCCCUAUUUCAUUUCAUUGCCAUUAAGUUCAUCUGUACCCUAUAUGCUUUCUUUAGGCAUAUUCAUAUUUUCCAUCUGUACAUACAGCUAAGGUGCUUAGGUUCUAAAUGUAAAUAUAUUUAUAAUGCCUGUAAACCCCAUGUUCUUCCUUGUGCAUAUUUAAGUUAAAUUAAGGUAAGUUUUUAUUUAUUUA